AUGGCGGCGGCGAAGAAGCCGUUCAUCUACAUGCCACGCUCAACCAAGCUCACAGAGCCGCUUGGUUUAGCGAGCGGUGGCGCAUGCGGCUCGGGCGGCGGCGGCGGCGAAGACGCGCAAAAGAGCUUCUGGCUCGUGCCAACCGAGCGCGUCCUCGCCUUUGCCUCGAAGCGGCUCACACUGGGUGACUCUCACCCGCUUCCGCCGCCGCUCGACACUCUGCCGCCGGGAACGGUCGAAGGCACGCACCAUGGCCGGCUCGAGGAGCUGCUUGUGCGUCGGCUCGCGCUUCACCGAUCCUGCACGAACCGCUCCGAUCGUGCGGCGGUCUGCAUCGUGUCAGCGCCUUCGUCGGGUCGCUGCUACGACUGGGAGUCGCUGUGCCAAGGCCGGCGGCUGGCAGUGAUCGGCUUCUUCGACCCCGACCUCGUUUUCUACAAGGGCAACUUUCCCAACUUCUGUCGGACGCUCUGGGGCUGCGAGGCGACGCGGCCGGGCACCUGCGCGGACGCCGCAUGCCCAGCAGCGCGCAUUGUGCGCAUCGCUGCGAACCAGCCGCUCCUCGUGCAGCGCUUUGCGUGCGGCUUCGCGCCCACAGGCACCAUUUCGGUGCCGUAUCUCGGCCACGCGCGCACUCCCGUUGCGCUGGCGGGCCGCGCGUCCGACGCACCUCCGCCCGCGACCUCGUCGCCGACGGCCCGGCCGGUCCACGUGGCCAUGGCCAUCGGGCGCUACUCGCACAAGUCGAUGACCGCGCUCGGCUUCCGCCCGUGGCGGGACGCGCUCGUCGCCGAGUGCCGCGCGCGCGCGGCGCGCGACAACUCGACGUGCCACGACUUCUAUCCACUACCCAACGGCGCGAACGCGCUGCACGCAGUGGCGUGGUACGCGCGCGCCACCUUCUGCCUGCAGCCCCCUGGCGACACCGUCGCGCGCGCCGCGAUCGCCGACGCCGUCUCGGUGGGGUGCAUCCCCGUACUGCUGCACCCGGCGCAGCUGCGGCUGUGGCCGUGGCACUGGGACGCAUCAUCAGCUUCGGUUUUCGAGAACUUCACUAACGUCGGCGCGCGCAACGCCUCGUGGGCCGACGCCGCGCGCGGCCUCUUCCACCGGCUGCUGCGCAUGCCGCGUGCCAAGGUGCGCGCGCUGCAGAGGGCAGUGCGCGCCGCGGCGCCGCGCCUCGUCUACGGCGGCGAGGGCGCCGCGGGCGCAAGUGCGGGCGCCGACGACGCGGUCGAGGCGCUGGUGCAGGGGCUGCUCGGCGGCCGCGCGACGCCCGCCGACGCGCCGCCCGCCGAGUGGAGCACGACUCUAUACGGAGACGCGGUUGAGAGCGACUCGCUGCAGCCCACGCGGCCCGCCAAGCCGCACGCCAAGCCUUCCGGACGGCCGCCCAACAAGGCCAAGCCGAGCGCGAAGGCAGCGGGCCGCGCGACGCGCCGGGGCCGCGGGAAGCGGGGAUAA